GCAGGUAGCACUAGACAGUCUCCGACCGGCGGUGGGGCCCAGCCACCUGCCUUAGGGAAGAAACUCCUGGGGUGGGACUGGACGGGAAGGCGUUCGCGGCCCCCGCCCCGGCCGCCUCGCCCAGUGUCCGGGGAUGCGCCGCGCCCGGGGCCUGCCCUUUCGCCACGUCUCCGGUUAGAGUUAAUUCCCGGCGCGUGCCGCAGCAAAGCCCGAGAAGGCGGGCGCGGCUUGUCCACUCGCCGCCGUUCCUCAGGCAGCGCAAGUGACGGUCCUGUUGGGUGCAUUCUGCGGGCCCCCCAGUUUUUUAGGGCCCACACAGCCGCCCCGGAAUGAGUGGGGCCCCUCCGCAGGGCCACGAGACGCAAAUCGGGAGAUGUGCAAAAGAAUGUGGAAGCGUUUACGGGGAGCUGCUGCGAGCCCGCGCUCAAUGGGGGUUUAGUUGGUGCAUUGCUCCCCCAGUCUCGGCCCGCGGAUACCCCCGGGGGCGCCCUGGACCGCGGUGGGCUGACCCUCCCCGCCCAUUACGACUGCGGCAAAAGCCUACUCGUCCCAGCACCCCUGGGGCGUGCGGGGUCGUUGGGACACGCCUUCGGGCGCCUUUCCUGUACUCCGCUAGGGGACGGUCCAGCUCAUCACGUGAAUGACUGACGGCGUUACCUUGGGGAAGAAACGGGGCAAAGCAGGACUGGUUCGGAGGUGGGUUGGGAACUGAAAACCAAGCUUCCUGGGAAGGGCCUGCGCUUCAACAGGAAGUGGAGCCACAGCGAGGGCGGGCAGGCGGCUGGGGGACGGUCCCAGCUCCGGGCACUUACGCCGCGGGUGCUGAGUGCUCCCGGAGACCGGCCGGCGCCGCAAAGCGAGCGGGAAGCGCGCUGCUGGGUUUAGAACGACUCACGCACUUACCUUCGCGAGCAGGCGAACCGCCCCUUCCGUUUCUUGACAGCCGAGCUGCGAGCAAAUACCUCGGCGUCUCCGCAGCAAUCUCUGCUCUCUAGCAUCAAGAGAGUGUGUUCCUAUCAAUUCCUGAAGCCGCGAGGAAAAAGGAUCGAAACUGUCAUGAUGAGGUGUCGCCACGUCUGCAGACUCCCCGGCAGGGUGCUGGGCGUCCGGGCCGCGCGCCUCCCUCUGGCUGUCGUCCUCGCCUUGCUGCUGGUGGCCGGGGCCCUGACCACCCUCCUGCCCAAUAACAGAGACGACAGGGUGCUGGAGCUGCGGAGGGAAGUGAAAGCCGGGGGCAGGCCGGUCCGGGACGCCUUCACUCUGGUCAUGCAGACGUACAACCGGACGGACCUGCUGCUGCGGCUGCUGAACCACUACCAGGCGCUGCCGCAGCUGCACAAGGUGAUCGUGGUGUGGAACAACGUGGGGGAGAAGGCGCCCGAGGGCCUGUGGAACGCUCUGGGGCCGCACCCCGUGCCCGUGGCCUUCAAACCGCAGACAGCGAACAGGAUGAGAAAUCGGCUGCAGGCCUUCCCCGAGCUGGAGACCGAGGCGGUGCUCAUGGUAGAUGACGACAUGCUAAUUAGCGCCCAAGACCUUGCGUUCGCUUUCUCCGUCUGGCAGCAAUUUCCCGACCAGAUCGUAGGGUUUGUCCCUAGGAAGCACGUCUCCACCCCAUCGGGCAUCUACGGUUACGGGGGCUUCGAGCUGCAGGCCCCAGGCCCCGGGGGCGGGGACCAGUACUCCAUGGUGCUGAUCGGCGCCUCCUUCUUCAGCAGCAAGUACCUGGACCUCUUCCAGCGGCAGCCCGCGGCCGUCCGCGCCCUGAUCGACGAGACGCAGAACUGCGACGACAUCGCCAUGAACUUCCUCGUGGCCGAGCACACCGGCAAGGCCUCGGGGGUGUUCGUGAAGCCCGUGAACGUGGGCAGCCUGGAGAAGGAGACGGCCGGGGCCCACGCGGGCAUGUGGCACCGCGCCGAGCACUUCCCGCAGCGGUCCUACUGCGUCAACAGGCUCGCGGCCAUCCACGGCGGCAUGCCGCUGGCGUACUCCAACAUCAUGAUCUCCCAGUUCGGCUUCCCCUACGCCAACCACAAGAGCAGGGCGUGAGCGCCCGGCAGCCGCAGACCUCACAGCCGCUCCGUCCGCGCCGCCGUGGCUGAGCGUGUCGCGUUUUUAAGCGACACGACGACCUUUUAUCCACUCCGGAAGUUCAACAGAGGAAAAAACGUACAGUGCUUCUAGGAUAGGAAAGUCACGUGAACUUCAAACACCAAGAAGCGGGGGGUUCUUCUCGCGAGGGGUCUUCAUCCAGGGAUGGGACUCCUAGGUGUGGGCAGCUUGAUCGUUUGCAUGCGGAGGCGGUCCUUCGAUUUCCCGGACUCCCGGCAUUUGCCUGGAGGACGCGGAGCAAGCCGUCUCCAGGGUCAUAAACGGCAGGGAAGCACUUCUCCGCGUUUUCAUGGAGGGGUGCUCGCUUCUGCUGGAAGCCGGAAGCGCCCCUUCGUAAAAGCCAUGCGAGGAGAGACUGGCCUCGCUCCCAUAUCAAAGCCGCAACUCGGUGCCUCCCCGCGGCCCGCCCAGCCGGCCCGGCCCCGUUGCGGUGCAGCCCCCUGCUUUUCUCUCUGUCCCCCAGUCCGUUGUGACUGGGGGUCCAUGUAACAGCCGGAAAACUCCAGUGCUGUGCUUGAUUUUCGUGGGCGUCGACUGCAUGGGUCACAGGGAAGGGCAGCCCAUGGUUUUACACAACUGCCGUAGCAUGCAGCCCACUGCUCAACUAGAUUCAGGUGGCGCGUUUGUGUCCCCGAAUCUGACCUUGGGGUUGCACAUUAAUUCUUACGUCUUCCAUCCAUGUGUGUAUUGUUUAAGAAAUGUGUGUAAAAUAACUCCUGAACGAAUGUUGAGUGAGAACUGGCAAAAUUAAAACCCUUAGUAUCAAAAGAUCUUUAUUUUGAGGAUGUAGGUUAUCUCAUGGACACUAAAGAGUUGUGUGUAAUAUACACACAGUCCAUUUCUGGCGUUCAGAACUUUUUUUUUUUUUUAAAGAUCUAAGGCACUGCUCACCAUUAUGAGCCUUGGGUUACGCAGAUACAGGAACGAACUCGAAGUCUGCGUCGCCGUGGGGGAGUGCUGUGGGGAGCGUGCCCCGGGGAGCCCCUACGUUGCCCACUCAGUGACCUGCGGGCGGGACCCGUGUUCCGCGGUGCUGGUCUGAUGCUUGCUCACCGCCGGCAGCAAGGAACACGUAGGCCUCUGUCUCCUAACCGCCCCCUCCCUCUCCGCCAGCUCCACCUCCGUCUCCCAAAAUGCCAUUAUAUUCCCAUAACUGCAAAGCUGUGAAAAUAUUAUCCUGACCCUGGUUUGUGUUGCAACAACGAGGUCUUUGUGUAGUUGGUUCAGUAUAUGUUGUUUCUUUGCCUUGGCACACGUGUGCGUGUCUCAGUGCAGUCGGAUAAAACCGGUAGGACGCGGAACCCACUGAAACUCUGUGAUGUUAAUCCUCUGCUCUGUUCCAACUUGGUGGUGAUUUUUGGCCUCCUGGGAUUGCACUGUCAGAUAAAUAAAGUGAAGUUUUACCA